AUGGUCAAAACCCUGUCAAUCUCUGAGAAAAAAUCUGGUAAUACUCAGUCCGUCAGGCAAAUAUAUUCAAACGGAGAUGGAAAAGAACAAUGCGAGCAGGAGAGACGGGAUACUGUUGAUGAUGAACACCAGGAGACGCAGUCACCAGAAGCAGCUGCAAGCCAAAUUCAAGAGGCAAAAAGCCAGCAGGAUGAUGUAAAUGAAGAUUCACCCAAGGAAAUCAUUGAUCCUUCGGGGAUGAAAAAUAGCUUCACUCAAGUUACGAACAGAGACGAUAUUAUUCUAGAAGAAAAUUGCUGUAAAUCAGUCCAAGUAACUGACCGAUUACACCAGGGCCGAAUGUUUCAGUACAACGAAAGCGAUUACACCGUUUCUUCACGAACACAGGAUACUCUUCCAAAGUCCACUUUUCGCUCCGAGGCUUACCAGCCAGAAGAAGAGGAGGAAAAUAGCUCAUUAGCUUCGGACGAGUGCUGUAAUUGCUGUGGCGAGGUAGAAGCGCCGCCGAAGCGAAAAGACUCACUUCAAAGAAAAAACUCGCCGCCGCCUGUGCCACCUCAUCGGGUUCAUUUGGAAUCUUGUGAAGCAAAGGGCAUGACGGGCAGUAAUGGCAAGUACCCGACUUGCUCCUGUGGGUACAAAUGGGAACGCGAUUUCAUCAGCACUGAUGAUAGCUCUAUGCUCUCUCGUAUUGGCGCUCGACUUAUCGGCUCAAGAACCAGCAAUUCAGGAAAUACAUCUGUAUCCGAAGGCGACUACUGUAUCCAUGCAAUGGAAUGA